AUGGUCAUGGAAAAAGGCGACAAUCUGUUGCACUACUACAACGAGUUCCCUAAAUUCACUCCAGAAAAACUUGUCCGUACUGGCAUCGUGAUGGAGGACGAAGAGGUGGACAGUCGUCUGCUGCGCAGUUUGCCGGAGAGGUAUGAUAAAGUCGUGCGCUAUGUCGAAAUGAUCCGACAAAAAGGCUUGUCUUGA